AUGAAGAGUAAACCUAAAACUGUACAUUCAAGGUCACGUAAUACACAUGCUCUGGAGUCAAUGCAACAGUUUAUUGAUAAACAUGUUAAAAAUGAUAUAGAUUGCAAUAUUCAGAGGUUAUAUGAAUUAGUUAUCGAUCCAAUAACUCAAGAAAAUAAAGAAUGGAUUAUACGAUUACUUAAAGAUAUUCUUCGAGAAAUUGGAUCCACUGGUUAUAAGGUUAAACAUCUUCCAGCUAUGAUGCAAAUUUUAGAAUUCAUAACAUGGAAGUGUCAUGAUACACCGGAAUAUAACAUCUAUUUGAAUAAUCUACUUCGCAUUUGUGCUUACACACCACUGCUAGAAAGAUAUUCAGAAAAUUUAACAUGUUCUGAAAUUCUAGAUCACUAUUUUAGUGUGUUAGGAUACUUAGCAGUUAUAUUAUCAGAUCAUAAUGAUGUCAAAGUAUUAGAUGUUUUAGAUCAAUUAUUAACAAUACAGAAGUCUAUAAAUAUUGCUGAAGUAAAGCAAGAUAUCAUUCAUCAGUCAGUUGAACGAUCUAAGCUUCCAAUUGUUCUUACUGAACUUUUAAUGAUUUGCUCAAGUAAAAUUUACAAAAAUGUUUUAGAUACCACCUAUGUUGUUACUUCAAUAUCCAAUACUUGUUGUCACAAAAUGCUAGCGGCUGGAGUUCUUAAUUACCUUUUGUCAAGAUUGAUUGAAUUGUCAGACGACCAAGUAAAUAUAUCAUUAGACGACGAUAAAAUUAAUAUAAUUGUUGUAACAACCAACAUUUUGUGGUUACUGAUGAAAUCUAUAAUGCCUCCUGAACGAUUACCAGAUAGUUUGAAAAGUUUACCUCCACCAUCUCCAAGUGCUAUGAGAAUGAUUGUUUUCUGUAAAAAUUCCAAUAGUAAAUUGCAUAUGAUUCGAAAUGAUUUAACUGCAAUUAUUCUCGCUGGACUCAUAGGUUUACCUUCAUUACCUCUCGUGAAUUUUGACUUAUCCGAUGAUAUUAUAAAAGUAGCUGUAAUGAAAGAUACUCAAUAUGUUGAAGAUGUUUUCUUUAGAAAAACACUGUUAUUGAUUAUUUGCCAAUUUUCAAAAUUCGAUAAAUUAAUUCCUAUUAUGAUUGAAUAUCGAGUGAUUGAAUAUAUUCUUCAGUUAUUAGAAAAUUUCAAUACAAAUAUAAAAGCUCCAUACUUGAUACCUUAUGCUUUGCAAACUUUAACUUUCGUUGUACCAAAAAUGUCUGAUGAAUUUGUUAAAUACAAAGGAUCAAGUAAACUUUUAAAAGUAGUAGAAUGGAAUAUGACUGCUGAUAUAAAUUCUAAAGAUACUUUAGAAAGUGUUAAAACUAUUCUCUCAAUUGUAACAUCUAAUUCUCCAAUUGUAAUAACAGAUUUUCUUGAAGCAAAUGCUGUAGAAAUUCUAUAUCAGUUCAUUGAGAAUAUUUCUAGCAUUACGCCAUUAACAUUAUGUCAUCAAAAAAUUGUAACAAUUCUAAUAAUUAUAAUUGAAACACUUUUUAUGGGCAAUAAAAAAGUUGUUGAGUAUUAUGGAGAACAAAUGAUUACAAUUUCAGUCAAAAUUAUCGAAAGAUAUUUAUAUACUGAGCGGAAGAACUUCGUAAUAGACAAUAAGCUACUUAUAGCAAUAGCUUCCUGUAUGUGGGAGUGUACUACUUGUUAUCCUACAUUGAUAGAAAAUUUUAUUAGAAUGCAAGGACUUCAUUUAACCCUGGAUGUCAUAGAGCAGGCCGACAGACAUGUUCAACAUAUUUAUUUAGGACUUUUGAUUGAUUUGUGCUCGAAUCCUUUAUGUAUACCGUAUAUUUACUCUUGGAAAGGUACUGACAAGUCAAAUGGGGUGAUGUCAUUGCUAACAAAAUUGUGGAGAGAAGAAGAGAAAAAAAUUGGAGUUAAAAGAACUCCAGAAGGCUGCAUUGAAGAUUUAGAGCUGCCAAUAAUGGGAACAAUUCAAUGGGAAAAAAGCUUUAUAUCAAAAACUGAUCAAGACUACAGUCCUGCAAUUGCAAAUAUGAUUGGUUCUGUAAGACCUAAAGUCUACAGCAUUAGAAAAAUAUUAUUAAAUAACGCUAAUUUAUCUGAACCAACCAAUGAACAUUACGAAACACUUCACCAUUUAUCUGUCGAAAAUUCUAUUACAUUUUGCAUUGUUGAUCAGUUCUUCAGAUUUGUACAAGGUCAGGUUUGGGCAGAAGUUCUUCGUUAUAUGAGACAAGCUGGAGUAAUUCCAGUAGGUACUGAUGGAGAAAUGUUGCUUGUAAUGAGACAAAGGCAUCGACAGUGUGCUGCUUAUGUUCAAAAACGACAGGAGAAAAUUUUGAGAGAAGUUAAGAGACAAGAAAUGAUGAAAGAACAAGAAGAAUUCAAUAAAAUAAGAGACAUUAUUUAUAUCGAUGUUUUGAAAAAAUUACAAGAUAUCGAUUACAUUAGGAGAACUGCUGACAAAGAAUAUCGUAUGAAUAAAAAAAAGAAAUAA